AGUGAGAAGUGCUCCUACUUCGAGCAGCCAUUCUUUCUCCUGUUUCGAUAUAGUCUUCUCUCACACACUCCAUCAUCACAGUGCGCACGAACACAUCGAGAAAAGAUAGAAUUAGGAUCAAUCAAUCAAUCGCGGCGUCAAUCAUAGUUUGUCCACUGCAGGACCAGGGCCGCGAGAAGAAAAAGAGAAGAACGAAAAAGGGGGGCUGGGAUUCGGGAAGAGCUCGAGCUUUGAUUGAGUUGAAUUCCAUUGGCGGUGGUGUCGCUAGCAAAAGCUUCGAUCAAUCUCGAGGCUCACGUUCGGCUUUGGAGGGAAGAAGAGAAGGAGAAGAGGAAGUUUGUUUUGGGUCGUCAUUCGAGAGGGAUUUGUUCUGAGCAUGAGCGCCAUGGUGGUGCAGCAGCAGCAGCAGCAGCAAGGAAGCAAUCGAUCCAGGCCUCCUCCAAACAUUUGGCUUCCACCGGGAUUCCGGUUCCAUCCUACCGACAACGAGCUCAUCACCUUCUACCUCGUCAAGAAGGUCGUCAACACAAAAUUCGUGGCGCACGCCAUCGCCGAGGUCGAUCUCAACAAGUUCGAGCCAUGGGAUCUACCCGAGAAAGCAAACAUGGGAGAGAAGGAAUGGUACUUCUUUAGCUUGAGGGACCGUAAGUACCCGACGGGGAUGCGUACGAAUCGGGCAACCGAGGCCGGCUACUGGAAAGCAACCGGCAAAGAUCGAGAUGUCCGAGGAGGAGGAGGAUCCAACGUCAACAACAGCAACAGCAAUGGAUCCGGAACUUCUCUCGUGGGCAUGAAGAAAACGCUGGUUUUCUACCGGGGCCGCGCUCCCCGGGGCGAGAAAACCAAUUGGGUCAUGCACGAGUAUCGGUUGGAAGGCAAGACCGCCUACUUGUAUGGAUCCAGAGCCGCCAAGGAGGAAUGGGUGGUGUGUCGGAUCUUCCAAAAGAAGGCCUUGGCCGCCGCCAAGCUGAGGGCAUUGUCCGAGGACAACGCCGCCACCACCACCGGCGCGGCACACGACUCGGACGAUCACGAGGUUCCUUGCUCGCCCAGCGCCGCCACCGCCAAGCCCGAGCUGGACGAUCACUUGUCUUGCAUUUCCGGCGUCGACGAUCAGCAGCAGCAGCACCAGUGCUCCAAGAACUUCCCCGGCCUCUACAGCACGGGAGACUUUGCCAAGCUCUUCGAUCCCGAGUUCCUCCCGCCGCUACGAUCAUCCCAGGUGAGCCCCUACGCCACCAACGCGAGCUCGUGCUAUAGCAACAAGGGAUCGUCCUUGACAAAGUCGUGCAAGAGCGAGCCUUACGCCGCCGCCAUCCCGCCGCCUCUCGCCGACAUUAGCAGCCCCAGCGCCGCCGCCGCAUACAACGCGUUUGCGGGCUUCGUGGGCGAUCACGCAGCUCUAAACUUCUCCUCCUCGUCCUCCUUCGAUUCAUCACACUCCACCUCCCAGCAGCAGCAGCCAUUCUUCCAGCAGCAUUCCGCCGCCACUGCUGAUCAAGGCUUCAUCAACGAGUUCCUCUUUAGCCGCUUCCUGGCCGACCCAUCGUCCUCGAGCUCCUCGGAUUUGGACCAGCUCUACGCGUUCUAAUCUGACAAGACGAACCAACAACAACAUCGACAGAUCUCCAGGUCGUCUUUCCUUCCAUCAAAGGUUGGUGUACAGAUUGUUUUCCCAGGUGAUCUAGCAGCUCAAAAACUAUCAUACGUGAAUUAUAUCAGAUACAUAGAAGACUGUACAUGACAAAGAUCAGGGUAUAGUGAUCGUAUUCAUACGAGGUGGCUUUCAGAUACAAUCACAGACAAUGAUCUUAGAGACAGGAAACUAUUCAUGUUCUUUCAAUUCAGCUUCCAGAUAAUGAACAAGCUUAUCCAUUUGCCAAA